AUGUAUCAAACGAGCCGAUCAGGAUGGAGCGAGUGGUCUGUAUGGAUCUGGAAUGCAGACUAUCAGCAGUACUACCGCCAACGAGUAGAUGCUUCAGGUACUCCUGAGAUCCAGUGGCAGAGCGAAUAUGACGCUGCUCGAAACAACCAGACACCCCGAACGCCAGUGGAGCAGAUGACACAACAGUUCGGGGCGGUCAAUAUACGGAGCCCUGAACAAACAGAUGAACAGAAUACCAAAACUUCGAGUGGGAAAGGGAAAGCGACUGUUCAGGAGGAUAUCCCUGAAGACGAUGAGCAGGGCUACGACGAUCGAUAUACUCAAUACAAAGCAGCUAAUCCACAAGCCGAACAAACGUACUAUGACCAGGCUACUGGACAGUACUACACAUAUCCAGAAACUACACAAGUCGCUACUCCUACUCAGCAAUAUGUAGAUGGCGCGGGAGAACAGGACGAUGAGGAAGAGCUUCGAGAAGCUCUAGCUCAGAGCGAACGUUAUAAUCGUGAUCGAUAUACUGGUGGAGAGUCGUCGUCUGCACCAUAUACUGCAUACACUCAAGACGAGGAAGAUGAGCCUGCACCAUCUAUACGCACGGGCAAUCAAGAGCACAUCAUAGGCACUGGCGGUGAAUCAGAAACACUGGACCCUCGGUAUACCGUUAAGCCUUCUAGUGCAUACCAACCUGGAGAGGUUUUCAAGGUCCUGUGGCCAGAGCCGGCAGGAGGUGGAAGCAUUGUGGAGGAAACAGUUUACCGUGAUCAGUAUGGCGGUCGAAUCUUUGUUCACUUCCGCAGAUUCAUUGUCGUUGCGAACGAUCGUGGGCACUGCACUUGCAUUCCAAUCUCUACCUAUGGUAAGAAGGGUUGCAAAAAGAGUGGUGUCAAGGCUGAGCAACAUGGCAUUGUCACUGAAAGCAGUAAUCGAAAUCCCCUGCCUUUGAGGGAUGAGCCCAAACUCGGAUUUCCUCCAGUCCGUGUGCAUAUUUCCGAGCAAGGCGAACGGAUCUCGAAGGAAUCGCGAGUUAACUACUCGAAACUCACGACUGUGGAGCAUAACGUCAAAGUGCUCUUCAUUGGUCGUGUCAUAAGUUCAGAUUGGGACACCGUUACAGAAGCCGUCAACACCAGUUGGGCAAAUAAGAUGCAUACGCACAACAAGAAGAAGCAUCGCAGGUGA